CACAAUUUGGAAACGCGGUCCAGGCGCCGCCCGCGUCUAUAAUCGCAGCGCCAUCGACGACGACGGACACGUGACCGUGUGGAGGAGAGAUGACCCCGAAUGAGUCCCGCGAGUAUGCAGGAGACACGUCCAAGAAAAACCCCACCUCCAAGCAACACGACGUGCCCAAAUUCUUGCUCCAGCUCUUUGACAUUCUCGAAGCGGAAUCGUCCGCCGUGAUCAAGUGGGCAGACGACGGCGGGUCGUUUCAAAUUCUAGACCCCGUCCGCGCGACGCAGGAAAUCCUGCCCAAGUACUUCAGCCACAACAACUUUCAGAGCUUUCAGCGCCAACUCAACUACUUUGGGUUCCGCAAGUGGACCAAGACGAAAACGUUCAUCUGCACGUUUAGUCAUCCGUACUUCCAAAAGAACGAGCCAGAUAAGCUGCACCUCAUCAAACGAAAGUCUGUUCCGAAACGCGUACGCGUCAACGGCCACCUCGUCGCCGACAAGAGCCCUGUCUUGACGAAGAAGCGCAGCGACGACAGCAGCUCCACGAGCACCAGUGCUGCGUCCACUCCAUGUGUCAUACGACCCUACACAGUUCCUGGUGGCACCGCCCAGUCCCCGUCGACUCCGAACGACGAUUUUUCCAUCAAGGUUAUGCCCGCGGACGUGCUUCUCUUUUCACAACAAGCCGGGACCCUCCCCAACCUGUGCAAGAUCCGCAGCAGCCUCAUGCUUCGCAUGGAAGCUAGCGUUGGUCCUCCUGCGAAGCUAAGCCCCACGUCAUGCUCCCAUGGCGUCGUGAUGAAGCAGGAUGCGACAAAGGCUGGCCCCGUCGAUAGCAGCGAGGAGGACCCAGUGAACCUUCUCCUCGGGAUCAAGCAAGCCGCCGCCCCGCCGAGCCCCUCCAAUGCCACGACGCACCAAAGCAACCAUGAGACACACGUACCAAGGACUCCAUCUCCUGCGACCCUCCAGACCAAGCUCGCGGCGGCGCAGGACGAGAUCGCCGACCUCCGAGCGUGUUUACACUUUCAAAUUCAAGAGAAUGAACGGCUGCGAUCCCAGCUCCAGCAGCAAUGCACCCCACCGUCGCGACCAAUGUUAACGUGAAAACAUCGUCUGUUGAUCUAGUGCCGACACGCUCCAGGGUAUCGAGGAACGGCGAUCGCGUCGCGAAUGUUGUCCAUCCCGGUUGCAAAGAGCACGAGGCGCUCGAACCCGAGACCCCAUCCGGC